UUGGGCAGAGGAGAUGAGUUUGUCGCUUGCUGGGAGCUGAGGCAGGGUAACAAUGCUGCACAGAGAAGGGACUCUUGGAGUGGCUUCGGAGUGAGACGUUGGGCGAGGAGGAGUAGCCUGUCUGGGUUUCCCUGUCUGGCUGCCCUUCUGGUGUGUGCAUCCAGGUGGCAUCAUGCUGCAGCAGAUCCCGCACGACAUGUACAUUGACCCUGAGCUCCUCACUGAGCUCAGUGAUGUGCAGAAGCACAUCCUUUUCUACAAAAUUCGAGAGGAGCAGCUGAGGCGCUGGCGGGAGCACGAGGCUUGGGAGGCCCUGGCCCAGGCAGAGGGACUCAGGCCCCCGAAGGUCAAGCGAGCAAGUGACAAGCACAUCCAAUGGCUCCUGGGGGCAGAUGGCGAGGUCUGGGUCUGGAUCAUGGGAGAAGGCCCUGGUGACAAGCCCUAUGAAGAGAUCUCUGAGGAGCUGAUUGCAGAGAGGGCACGGCUGCAGGCACAGAGGGAGGCCGAGGAGCUCUGGAGACAGAAGGAGGCAGAGAUCACCAACAAGUUCCGGGAUGCUCUGGCCAAUGAGAAAGCCCGAAUCCUGGCAGAGAGGUGGAAAGUGGAGAUGGAGGACCGGAAGGCUGCCAAAGUCCUGGAGGAGCGCAUUCAUGAGGAAUUUAAGAGGAAAGAGGAAGAGGAGAGGAAGCGAGGAGAAGAGCAGAUUCGUCUACAGGAGGAGCAGAGGGCAAAGGAACUCUACUGGACACUGAAGCAGGCCCAGCUACAGAGCCAAGCCAGUGAGAAAGAGGAACGUGAGUGGGAAGAACAGUUGCGUCGGUCCAAGGCAGCUGAUGAGGAAAGAAGCCGCCGAGCCCAGCGGGCCCGAGACGAGUACCGGCGUCUUUCACUCCGUGCCAUCCAGAAGGGCACUGUUGCUGGCCUCAGCUUCAUGUUCCAAGAUCUUGGCCAGAACCAUGAGCAGGAGGCCAGACUCUACCACCACUUCCCAGGCCCAGGUCCACCACUACCCCUCUCAAUGCCUGUCAGGGGUUGUGCCAAUGAACACUCAUCCCUCAGCCUUUCAACAGUGUGUUGUCAAACUUCUGUCAGGACUUGGGAGCGCCCAUUGCGACCUGUCUCCAGAGAAGUCAUAGUCCGCUGGUUUAAGGAGGAGCAGCUGCCUCGCCAAGCUGGCUUCGAGAGGAACACCAAAUCCAUCGCUCCCUGGUUCCAUGGAAUUAUUAGCCGAGAAGAUGCAGAAGAUCUCCUUGAGAACAUGACUGAGGGAGCAUUUCUGGUCCGGAUCAGUGAGAAAAUCUGGGGAUACACCCUGUCCUAUCGCCUGCAGAAGGGGUUCAAGCACUUUCUUGUGGAUGCCUCUGGGGAUUUUUACAGCUUCCUGGGAGUGGACCCCAAUCGCCAUGCCACACUCACCGAUCUCAUUGAUUUCCACAAGGAGGAAAUUAUCACUGUUUCAGGGGGAGAGUUGCUGCAGGAACCCUGUGGACAGAGGGACAGCCCACCAGACUACCAUCUGUUGUUUGAAUGA